AUGUAUUACCCAUCCGGUCUUGUGGCAGUAUUACUGAUCAACUUGGUAUCGGGUAGGAACGUCUUACCCAGGGACACCAAUUCCAUCGGAUCUGCUGUGUUAUGCAAUGGCACGUUCUCUCGCAUCUCCGCCCAGACUUGGGUGGACGGGAUGAAUCCGGGCUGGAAUCUGGGAAAUACCCUCGAUGGUAUUCCGAAUGAAGGUGAUUGGGGCAAUCCUCCAGUCGUGUCCUCGACCUUCGAUGAUGUCAAGAAGGCUGGCUUCAAGGGCAUCCGGCUACCAGUGACAUGGGCAUACCACUUCGACACGGAAGCUCCUGACUACGAUGUCAACCCGGCUUGGCUACAGCGCGUUUCGGAUGUCGUCGACAUGGUUAUCGACCUUGACAUGUACGUGCUCGUCAAUGUUCAUCACGACUCCUGGGUGUGGGCGGAUGUCACCCAGAUCAAUGCGAACUAUACUCAAAUCGAAGAGAAGUUCUACCGCCUAUGGUAUCAAAUCGGAACUAAACUGGCGUGCAAGUCAAGCUUAUUGGCAUACGAGCCCAUUAAUGAACCACCGGGUACCACUGCUGCGCACGCUGCUGAGCUGAAGAAGCUCGAAGAUCUAUUCUUAAAAGCGAUUACUGAUGCUGGUGGCUUCAAUCCGGAGCGUGUCGUCACUCUGAACGGUCCCCAGGAGAAUAGUGAUCUGACCUCGCUGUACUUUGUCCGGCCCACCAAUAUCACCAAUCCUUGGGCUAUUCAGUAUCACUAUUAUUCGCCUUAUCCAUUCAUUUUCUCUGCGUGGGGAAGCACGAUUUGGGGCUCAGAUGCCGAAAAAGCCGCACUCGAAGCCGAUAUCGCCAACAUUCGUAAUAACUUUACAGAUGUGCCUCUCAUCAUAGGCGAAUGGGCUGCCUCGCCUGUUGCGACAGAGACUGCAGCACGUUGGAAAUACUUUGACUUCUUUGUCCGUAUAGCAGCAAAGUACAAUACUACCACUGUGCUAUGGGACAAUGGAGCGGACUUUCUGGAUCGAGGAAGUCACGUCUGGCGCGACCAGACUGCCAUUGAUAUCUACAUGUCUGCUGUUGAUGGACAGGCGAAUGCACUUCCCGACAGCACUACGGACACCAAUGCUGUGACUCAGUUCACCAGCGCUGACUUGUUCGUGCGCGUCGGGCAGAACGUGACCUCGCAAACUCUGCCUUACAUCCUUCCCUCGGAUACCUCGUUGAACUCGAUCUCUGGGCCUGAUGGCACUCUUGAAAUGGGAAGUGACUACUCUAUCACUGAUGACCAGAUCACGUUCUCAGCCACGUUCCUACGCAACUACUUUACGAACUCCACAAAGCCUGCCUCAGUCGCCAACUUGACUCUUGACUUCUCCACUGGAGCCAACCUGAGUCUGAAUCUUGUGCUCUGGGACACACCAAUUUUGGGUAUCACAUCAAGCUCUGCAGCGACCGCAAACGGCUCCAGCAUUUCUAUUCCCAUCCAAUGGAAAGGUAUCAAUAAACCAGCUACUGUCAAAGCAGUGACUACGAGUGGAAAGUACCUGGUCGACGACUUCACCUCCUACUAUGGCCCAUUGCAGAACGCUAGAACCACUUAUAAUUCGCAGUGGAAUUGGGACACGCACAAUCUGAUCAUCACGGCUGCUGCUGUGAGCGCUGUGCAGGCCCUGGGCGAGGAUGUCAUCUUCACUUUCGAAUUUUAUCCGAGAGUACCCGGGAACGCUGUCAAUCACACAUUGACGAUUUGA